AUGGGUCUUGGAUACGAUCCCGACACUGACGUGCCCAACCUCUCGGGCAAAGUCAUUCUCAUCACUGGAGGCAAGUCUCAUCUCGUCGCGCCUGAUGAACAAGAAUUGACCGUCAAGCAAAUAGGCACCAGCGGCAUUGGGAAAACCACCGUCCUUGAGCUCUCUAAACACAGCCCGGAGCACAUCUACUUCACUGGCCGCAACGAGAAAUCAGCCGCACAAGUCAUAUCCCAGUGUGCCACCCCUUCAAGCGUGACGUUUCUCCCUUGCGAGCUCGACAGCCUCGACAGCAUCCGCGAUGCCGCGGCAAAGUUCCACCACAGUCGUCUAGAUGUCUUCAUCGCCAACGCAGGGAUCCUAGCCGUCCCGGCUGCUGUCACAAAGGAUGGCUACGAAAUCCAGUUUGGAACUAACCACGUCGGUAACACGGCGCUGCUACUCCGUCUUCUGCCCAUCAUGCUGCGGACGGCCAAGGAGGUGCCAGACGCAGACGUGCGGUACGUGACGGUGACGUCGCUGGGCUACUUCACGCACCCGCUCAACGGAAUAGACUUUGACGGUCUGAAAUCCAAGCAGGAGAAUCUGCUGCUGGGCAGGUGGGCUCGCUACGGCCAGAGCAAGCUGGCCAACCUGUUGCUGGCGCGGGAGCUGGGCAAACGGUAUCCGCAGAUCACGAGCGUGGCUAUCCAUCCGGGCGUGGUCAAGACGGAGAUGAUUACUGGCCUGGGGAUGUUUGACAGGAUACUCAUCUUUGGCAUGGCUCCGCUGGGGAUGCUGACGCCGCGCGAGGGGGCGUAUAACACGUUGUGGGCGGCGACAUCUCCGGAGGUCAGAGGGAAGCUUGACGAUAAGACGGUUCUUUUUGAACCGGUUGGGAAAGCGCACGGCGGGGAUGCAAAGUGUCGUAGUGACGAGCUAUCUAACAAGUUGUGGGAGUGGACGGUGAAGGAGGUUGGUGUUGAAGUUGAGUGA